AGUAUUGAAAAAUCAGAGCAAACACUGAUUUCAUAAACAUAGCUAUCAAUAUAAAAAGUGCACAAAAGAUCUUUUCAAAUGGGUGGCCCCCCUUUUGAGGCCAAUGAGGCCUGCUCAUCACGAUAUAGAUCUAGCAUCCACUCUUAAACCGGCUUCACAAUUCAGGAGCUUAGUACAUGAGAUAAAUAGUGCGAAAAGGAUGUUGGUCAGGCUCAUUCUCCUGUGUGGGCUCCUUGGGGUGACCCAAUCUCAAACUACGACACAAUGCAGAGGUCAAGCAGAUAUCAUUUUCGUAAUAGACUCAUCUGGAUCAGUUGGAGAAGAUAACUUUAAAUUAAUCUUGGACUUCAUCAAUGUCAUUAUUGACAAUUUAGAUAUUGGGCCUGAAGCAACAAGAGUUGGAGCUCUGACAUUUGAAAGCACAGCAGUCAAAAGAUUUGAUCUUAAUGACUACACCACAAAAGAUGAAUUGAAAAGUGAAGUUUCUAAAAUCCCAUUUGUGUUUGGAUCUACAGCAACCUUGGAAGGUAUCCAGUUGAUGUUGGACAUGUUCUCAACAGAAGAUGCAGACAGGGCUGGUAUACCUAACAUUGGAAUAGUCAUCACAGAUGGGAAUGCUAAAACUGGUGACCCCAUACCCAAAGCACAAGAGGCAAUGGCUGAUGGCAUUUUAAUGUUUGCUGUUGCUAUCAGGGAAUCAAGCGAAUUCGAUGUGUCCAAGAUCAAACCACUUGCAAGUGACCCAGUUGAUAACUACUUUGAAGUCACUGACUUCACCAAACUUGGGGAAAUAACUGAUGCAGUCACACAAGGGGCAUGUGUAACAACUGAAAUUUGUCCAGACACACAAACAGAUGUAGCUUUUCUCAUUGACUCUAGUAGUAGCAUUACACCUGAAAACUUCAACAAGGUUAAAGACUUCAUAAUCAACGUCAUUGGUCCACUUACUAUCAGCUCUGAUAGAGUCCGUGUUGGAGUUAUCUCCUUUAGUGGAAUUGCUCAAGUUGACUUUUACCUUAACAGAUAUAGCACAAAGACUGAUGUCCAAGCUGCUAUUAAUAACAUACAGCAGAUGAAUCAAGGGACAAACACAAAUCUUGCACUUGAUUUACUGGUCAAUGAUUUCUUCACUGCUAGCAAUGGAGACCGUACCUUUGCACCAAAUGUUGCUAUCAUUAUCACUGAUGGCCAAUCAGAUGAUUCAACUGCAACCAAAGCUAGCGCCACGGUUGUAAAGGAUGCUGGUAUAGCAGUGUUUGCCAUUGGAGUAGGAUUUGAUGGCAUGAGAGACACAAUUGACUAUGAAAAUGAGCUGAAUAUACUUGCGACUGACUUUGACCAUAUCAAGAUGCUAACUGAUCACUCUGCAUUGGAAGUUGUGAUCAAUGGGGUUGCCUCCUUUGCAUGUGUUGAUCCAGGUUGUAAAGACAGAAAGGCUGACUUUAUCUUCUUACUUGAUGCUUCCUCCAGUAUUACAGCUGCCAAUUUCACUAUUCUCAAAGAUUUCGUCAAGGCAGUUAUCAAUCGUUUAGAUGUCUCAGUAGAUCAUGAUCGUGUUGGUAUUCUGACUUUCUCACAGGGCACAAAGAUUUGGUUUCAUCUCAAUAGGUUUAUUACAAAGGGGAACUUAUUGAAUGAGCUGGAUGCAAUAACACAAGAGGGCGGCAGUACCCAUACAGCAGAGGGUAUAAGAGUUGCUAAUAACCAGAUGUUCACAACUUCUAAUGGUGAUAGAGCGGGAGUCCAAAAUGUUAUUGUUCUUGUUACUGAUGGCAUGAGCAAAGAAGGUGACCCUAUUCCUGAAGCUGAACAAGCCAAGGCAAAUGGAACUAUCAUAUUCUGUGUUGGUAUUGGUCCAGAGUUUGGACCAAAAGGCUUAGCAGAGCUUAAUGCAAUUGCUACAUCCCCAAACAGAGAACAUGUUUUUGAGGUUAAACAAUUCACAGAUUUGGGUAAUAUUGCUGGAACCAUCGCAAAAGAAGGAUGUUACAAAGAUCCUUGCAAAGACAUUAAGUAUGACAUGUGUGUCCUACUUGACAACUCUGGCAGUAUUAUCCUUAGGGAUUACCAACUGCUACUUGACUUUAUGUCAUCUGUUGUUAAUGAACUGAAGAUUGAUCCAGAUUUCAUGCAGAUUGCACUUGUUACUUUCAACAGUAUCAUCCGACCACAGUGGAAUCUAACAACAUAUCCGGACCGUAUUGAUCUACGCAAUGCUAUCUCAAGCCUCCCUGCUGUAACAGCAAAUGCUACCAACCAUGCAGAUGCAAUAGCUUAUGCCAAUGAUGUUAUCUUCCAAGAAAGUAAUGGAGACAGACCUGACGCUAUUAACCUUAUGAUGAUUAUAACAGAUGGAAAAUCAACUGUAAAACAAGACAAGACAGAAAUAGAAGCCAGAAGAGCCAAAGAGGCAGGUGCUGUUAUUAUCGCUAUAGGUAUCGGUGAAAAGGAUCUUUCCAUAAAUGACCUCAAUGUGAUGGCUUCUGACCCUGAUCAGGCAUAUGUAUUUACAGUAAAGACAUACUCUGACCUUGAAAAAAUCAAAGACACAUUGAUAACAAGGGCUUGUCCAGCUCAAGAUCCUACAUGUAAUGGAAAGGCUGAUAUUGUCUUAGCUGUAGACAGCUCAGGAAGUAUAACAGAAGACCAGUUCAAACAAAUGUUGCAGUUCAUUGAGCUUCUAAUUGAACAGCUCGAUAUUGGAGACGACCUUAACAAGGUUGGUAUGAUAACCUUCAAUGACAUGGCCAGCAUAGAGUUUAACCUUAAUGACUAUGAUACAAAAAACACAUUGAUCGCAGCAGUUCAACAGAUACAAUAUUCAAAUGGAGCAACCCAUACUUGGCAUGCGCUUAACACAGUGAGAACUACAAUGUUCACAUCUGAGAAUGGUGAUCGAGCUGAUUUCCCCAAUAUUGUUGUUGUGCUAACUGAUGGUGUGUCAACUGUCCAAAAAGAGAAAACUGUCCCCGAGGCUCUCCUUCUCAGACAAGAUGGGGUAAGCAUUGUAACAGUUGCCAUUGGUAAUGGUGCAGAUGACACAGAGCUGUUACAAAUGGCUUCAGACACAUCCCUUCUAUUUGAAGCACAAUCAUUUGAGGAUCUACCUGCAAUUGUUACUAGUCUUAGCAAUGCAAUUUGUAACAAUGUGGAUGAGUGUGAAUCUGGGCCUUGUCAGAAUGGUGGUGUUUGUAUUGAUAACCUCAACUCCUACACAUGUGAAUGUCCCCAAGGGUACUCAGGAGUGAACUGUGAACGCCAAUGUACACAGAAUGUUGAUUUGAUCUUUGCUAUUGACAGCUCCGGGUCAAUCUUUGAGAAUAACUUCAAACUUCUCAAACAGUUUGUCAUGAGUGUGAUCCAAGACCUGCCAGUGUCUAACUCUGGUACAAGGGUGGGGGUUCUUACAUUCGCAUCUACCAGUAGUAUUAUAUUCCACCUGAAUGCAUACACUGACCGUAAAUCAGCCAUGAAUGCAGUUGAAAGAAUCCCAUACAAGGGUGGGGCCACAAAUAUUGCAGAUGCGUUACAGCUCAUUCGCUUGGCUAUGCUCACCUCUAACAACGGUGCUCGAGAUAACGCCCGUGAUGCUGUCAUUUUAAUCACAGAUGGAGCAGCCAAUGUAAAUGAGGAUGACACCCAGCCUCAAGCUCGUAUGUUGCGUAAUAACAAUGUACACAUUAUGGCAAUCGGAGUUGGACACGAAAUGAAGCCGUAUGAGCUACGUGGCAUGGCAACAGAUCCUGAUAGCAACAAUGUCCGUAUUGUGAAUAGUUUCUCUGAUUUGGGCAGUGUCAAGACAGUCUUUACUUCACCAACAUGCUUCAAUCAACAAGAAUGUGCAAGCAACCCUUGCCAAGGAGGUGCCCAGUGUAAUGAUGGUCUCAACUACUUUGAAUGUGUAUGCCCAAGAGGCAGAGCUGGUCCCACAUGUGCCCUCACUUGUGAUGGUCGCAGGGACAUUGUAUUCAUAUUGGAUAGCUCUGGUAGUAUAGGUCAAGAAGAUUUUGAAAAAUCUACACGUUUUGUUCAACAAUUGGUAGAUAACUUUGAUAUUACUAGUGGCCAGUAUCGUGUUGGGCUUGUAAGGUUCUCAGAUGGCGGGCAAGUGAUGUUUCACUUGAACUCAUACAACAGACGCAGUGAUAUACUUAAUGCCAUCAGUUCUGUAGACUAUGUAAAAGGAGCCACAAACACAGCAAGAGGCCUUGAGCUGAUGAGAUCUAUGUUUUCACCAGUAAAUGGUGAUCGUAGCGAUGUUCCAAAUCUUGCUUACCUCAUCACUGAUGGCAUCCCGACAGUGCGUAAAGGACAAGAGGUGGACCAAGCCAACAGUGCUAAGAAUGCUGGAAUCACAAUUAAAACCAUUGGGGUGGGUCCCAAUGUGGAUGCUGAUAAGCUAGGUGCUCUUGCUAGUUCUCCAACUGGGGAAAACACUAGUCUCAUAGCCAACUUUGAUGCAUUAGAAGAUGCGAUUUCUUCACUUAGAGGAAGUGUAUGCUCAUAGAGAAAAAAACUGAAUGUGAGAACAAAGUAACACAACUUCAAAUACUUUAUCAUGAAAUGUUAUGCAAGAAAACGGAAAUGAUUAUACAACAACAUAGAGUACUGUUAAUGACAUGUAUAUGAUGACAUGCUCUAAGGACAGUAAUCCAACAUAGGCAAUAGCCAACAGGAAUAUGUCAUGACUGAACAAUGAAUCAUAAAAUGUCCCAUGAAGAUGAAGCGGUAUUACAGGAUUAAGGUAAUGGAUGUUUAGAACAGCCCUAAUAAAGAAUAAUACAGUAGAACAAGCAAUAACAGACUCCACCUAUAAUACUGAUGGGCUUUAUGAAUGGAGUUCCUUUAAAUUCUUGAAACAUAUUCCAUGAUCAUUUGGAUCUUGUGCAUUCAGGCAUUGCAUAGAUUCCUUGUACAAGUGUCUGAACUAUUAAGAAUCUCUGUAUAAUGCAACAUUAAAACAUGGGCUUUCAAGAGACUCUGUUGAAAGCCCAUGAUUAAAAUAAGUCAGUGAUGUCAGCAUUAAACCAUGG